CGACGCGCUCGUCGCGGCAGGUCGUUCCGAUCUCCAUAGUCCACUGCGAAAGUUGAGGUGCCAGCAGGUGUGAUAAAUACGUGGAGAAUGGCAGGAGUAGCAGAAAAAUCGGUGGACUGGGCCGAGGGUGGAAUAUCGAGGAUCGCGAACAUCGUCAACGCUCCAGAAGCGGCUGUACGGUUGCUCUGCUCAAUUAUACUUGGUUUUCCUUUUGCACUGAUCCACAGGUAUGCUCUCUACGGAAAGAAUCCAAACUUGCAGCACAUCUACUUCAUUGUGUGUGGCUUUACGAUAGGAUAUUGGAACUAUGAAUGGAAUGUGUUACAUUCUGCGUCGGCAGUAUGUGUCACGUACUUGACGCUGAAGGCACUCGGGGGAACGAUUCAAGCUGUGGUGAUAACAUUUGUUUAUAACAUGAUCCAUCUCAUGAUCGGUUAUUAUACCACAAGUACGCUCGAUUAUGACAUAAAAUGGACGAUGCCACAAUGCGUACUAACUCUGAGGCUUAUAGGGCUAGCAUUAGAUAUUUACGAUGGCCAGAAACCAAAGGACAAGUUAUCAUCUACUCAACAAAAGACUGCCCUUAAUAGACCUCCAACAUUCCUCGAGACCGCAGCGUUUGUGUAUUUCCCGGGAUCUUUUCUGGUUGGACCUCAAUUCAGCAUGAAGCGAUACUUGGACUUUGUAAACUGUGAAUUCAUGAAAGAAGACCAGAAAGGAGAAUCGACACAGCCUCUGCCCCCGAAUUCUUUGAAUGCAGGAUUCCGAAGAGCAUUCCUUGGUGUUGUUUACAUCGGACUGUACCAAAUAGGAACUCUCUACAUCUCCAAUGACUACGUAGUGAGUGCUGAAUUUCUACAGCAGGGCUUCCUUCAACGAUGCUUCCUCCUCGGUCUGUGGGGUCGAAUUAACCUCUACAAAUACAUCAGCUGUUGGUUGCUGACGGAAGGGGUGUGCAUAGUCUUUGGAAUCACGUACAACGGCAAGGACGAUCAAGGACACCCUCGAUGGGACGGAUGUUCAAACGUGCACCUGUUAACCUUCGAGAACGCCACCAAGUUCAACCAUUACAUCGAGUCGUUCAACACGAACACGAACCACUGGUGUGCCGAGUACAUUUACAAGAGAGUGAAAUUCCUAGGCUCAAAGUUAUACAGUCAGAUCGUGACACUAAGUUUCCUAGCGAUAUGGCACGGCUUCCAUUCGGGCUAUUAUCUCUGCUUCCUGAUGGAGUUCAUCGUAAUCUACUCUGAAAAGGGCGUGGAGACUCAGCUGGCAAAGAACGAAGCCUUGCAGGCGGCCCUGGAGAACCCAAUCUUCCGACUAGCCACCUGGGUACUCCUGAAGAUCUACACCCUCGUCUUCAUGGGCUACUCUCUGAUUCCAUUCGUCCUGCUGUCCUACGAUAGAUACCUUCCAGUCUACGCCAGUGUCUACUAUUGUGGACAUAUCUUCUUCCUCUCUUAUCCAGUCCUGGCGCCUCUCAUCAAUCCGCUGCUUCGAGGCAAACCAUCCAAGCCGCACCAGCAAUAACCCAUUUCUCGCACCUGGAAGGCCAAAACCCCGGUCGGUCGCUUCGGAGACACGACUCGAUCCUUCCGAGCAUUCCCUCCUUCUCUAUUGGUCCGAUCGCACAAGUUAUCCCGCAAGUGGGACGAAACCAACUCGUACAAGCCUUCGCGAAAUCGGCAACCAACUAGCGCGACACGCAAAGACACGUUCUUCCGAAGAGGAACACACUCCUCCGAGGUCGUCGGUAUAUUAAAUAAAAAAUCUGUGUAUUUUUGCGUAAGAAA